AUGAGCCUUGCUCCCCGCGUCUCGCUUGCGCGUAGGAGGGAUGCGAUCAACGGGGACUUUGAUAUGAUCGAGGCUGCACCAGGAGAGGGGAAUGAGCUUCUUCUUAAUACAUUUAGUCUCGCUUCGGACGCUGCUGCUGCUGCCAUCGAACGCGGUCAGCCAGAGACGGCAAUCGAGUUCCUCGAGCAAGCACGCACGCUCUUGUCGAGAGAUGCACACGGUAUCCCGGAGCUCGAGCAAGGUCACGACACGUUCAGCCCGAACUCUCCGAUUGCGAACCUGAACAUGCGGGCUCCCUGGAUGCGCGUAUCCGAACCCAAAGUCAAUAACAAUUUCUCGCCGGAUGACAAGUGA